GGAUGAUGCAAAGGUACUUCAUGGUGGUAUGAAAAGAUUACCGAUAAAGAUUGAAGAAAAGGAAAUCGACAUCUCAAAAGAAACUCUCGAAGGAGAGCAAUAUAUGUUGUACGGGAAGGAAUUCGAUAGUCUUGUGCUCGAGACAUAUUAUGAAUCACAGUUGCCUGGAAACAUCUAUCAGAAAUAUCUGCAAUUAGACAAUACUUUGCCAUACAUACCAAUUUAUACGUAUUUACCAACCUACUCUUUAAAAUCUGUAGAGGCGCAGAAAACACUCUUGCUUGGACAGAAAAUAGAACCUACGUAUGGAUUUUUAUUUUUAUUCGAAAUCUUUGAAAAGAUAUCACACAGGCUGUCCAGGCAAAGGCACUUCCACAAAAUGAAAUCUACCGCAAUGCUCUCCAUCAUUUGA